GUGUACUGAGCCAGUCAGCAGCACGAUCAGGAUGAGAAGAUGGCUGGCUGUGUGUUUCCAAUGGGACCAGAGAGCUUUCAGCGCUUCACGCCGGACUCCCUGGCGGCCAUCGAGCAGCGCAUCACCCAGGAGGCGGCUCGACUCAACAAACAAUACCAGGAGGACCUGGGUGAUGUGGAGCUCCCCCGGCCCCGGUCUGAUCUGGAAGCUGGAAAACAGCUGCCGCGCAUCUUUGCUGACAUCCCGUCUCAUCUGGUGGGCGUUCCUUUGGAAGACAUCGAUCCGUACUACUUCAAAAAUCAGAGGACCUUCAUAGUCCUGAACAAAGGGAAGGCCAUCUUCCGUUUCAGUGCCACAUCAGCUCUUUACCUCUUCGACCCGUUCCAUCCCAUCCGCAGAAUUGCCAUCAAAAUUUUGGUCCAUUCGUUGUUCAGUCUGGUCAUCAUGUGCACCAUCCUGACCAACUGCUGCUUCAUGGCCAUGUCGGAACCCGCCUACUGGGCCAAGUACCUGGAGUACACCUUCACAGGUAUCUACACGUUUGAGUCCCUCAUAAAAAUCCUGGCCCGAGGUUUCUGUGUGGGGCCGUUCACCUUCCUGCGGGACCCAUGGAACUGGCUGGACUUCAGUGUUAUCUUCAUGGCAUAUGUGACUGAGUUUGUGGACCUGGGUAAUGUGUCAGCCUUAAGGACGUUCAGGGUGCUUCGAGCGCUCAAAACCAUCUCUGUCAUCCCAGGCCUGAAGACGAUCGUGGGCGCCCUGAUCCAGUCGGUGAAGAAGCUGGCGGACGUGAUGAUCCUCACCGUCUUCUGCCUGAGCGUCUUCGCACUCAUUGGCCUGCAGCUCUUCAUGGGGAACCUGCGGCAGAAAUGCGUGCGCAGCACCGAGCACUGCAUCAACGGCACGCUGCCGGCGAACGCCUCCUUCUACUGCAACAACAGGAUGUGGCCGUCCAUGAAUGACUUCAUCAACGACGAGGAUAACUUCUUCAAGGCAGAAGGAGCCAAAGAUGCCUUAAUCUGUGGACAGAGCAUCGACGCCGGAAAGUGUCCAGAUGGUUUUGUAUGCAUGAAGACGGGAAGAAAUCCAAACUACGGCUACACCAGUUUCGACACCUUUGGGUGGGCCUUUCUGUCCCUGUUCCGCCUGAUGACCCAAGAUUACUGGGAAAACCUCUACCACCAGACGCUACGUUCAGCAGGGAAGACCUACAUGGUGUUUUUUGUGGUGGUGAUCUUUCUGGGAUCCUUCUACCUCAUCAACCUCAUCCUGGCCGUGGUGGCCAUGGCGUACGAAGAGCAGAACCAGGCGGCCAUCGCCGAGGCCUAUCAGAAAGAAAAAGAGUUCCAGCAGGCCAUGGAGAAGCUGAAAAGAGAGCAGCAGACUGCCGCCCAGAAGGCUCUGGACUCCGACUCAGUGAUGUCACCUGACCUCUCGCCAUUUGGCAUGCCAUUGGACAGCAUAGACGAUCGGAGGCAGCGCUUGAUGGGCGUGGCUGAUGGGGAGGAGAACGUCUCUGAGGAGAAGCUGCUGCAGGUGGAAAUGACAGAUGGAGGAAAAUCCCUCCACCCCCUCCUGUCUCGCUCCUUUUCCACAAGGACGCGGCGCAGCAGUCAAGUCUCCUCAAUCUUCAACUUCCGGCUGCGGAGUCGAGGGUCAGACGGAGAAAUGGCUGAUGAUGAGUUCAGCGUCCCAGGCGACGUGGUGGAGGGCAUCGGUGUCCGGACGUACAGUGGCGGCACCUUCAGCAGCUUCUUGACAAACCCGUGGCCCAAACGGCGGAUGAGCACGUACAGCAGCGCCAGCAGAAGCUCUCAGGUGUUCUAUCCCACCCUGAAUGUCAACGGGAAGCUGUUUGUUUCCAUGGAGCAGAAUGGGGUUUCCCCGCCGCCGCUGCAGGGGCCACUGGCCGCCUGCACCAUGGAGAAGGUCAAAGAGGAGAGUGUUCCGACGUCCACCACAGAGCUGAGUAUGAUCCUCUUACACCGUCCUUCGUCCACGCAAGGUUCAGAGAAGAGGGGGCGGGCGCUCAGUGCUGCCAGCUGCCUCACUGAUGCCAUGGAGGAACUGGAGGAGUCACAUAAGAAGUGUCACCCAUGCUGGUACCUGUUUGCACAUCGCUAUCUGGUCUGGCAGUGCUGCCCCUCCUGGCUGAGGCUGAAACAGCUGGUGAAGAUCAUAGUUAUGGACCCCUUCCUGGACCUGGCUAUUACCAUCUGCAUUGUACUCAACACGCUGUUCAUGGCAAUGGAGCACUACCCCAUGACCGAGGAGUUCAACAGCAUGCUCACCAUCGGAAACCUGGUCUUCUCGGGGAUCUUCACAGCGGAGAUGCUGCUGAAAAUCAUCGCUCUGGAUCCAUACUAUUAUUUCCAGACGGGUUGGAACAUUUUCGACAGCAUCAUUGUGUGCCUGAGUCUGAUGGAACUCGGCCUGUCGGACGUGGAGGGACUCAGCGUUCUGCGCUCUUUCAGACUGUUGCGUGUGUUCAAGCUCGCGCGCUCGUGGCCGACUCUCAACACCCUGAUCAAGAUCAUUGGAAACUCCAUGGGCGCCCUGGGCAAUCUGACGGUCGUCCUCGCCAUCAUCAUUUUCAUCUUUGCUGUGGUCGGCAUGCAGUUGUUUGGCAAGAACUACUACGACUGCGUCUGUAAGAUCUCCAGUGACUGCACUCUUCCUCGCUGGCACAUGAAGGAUUUCUUCCACUCCUUCCUGAUCGUCUUCAGAGUGUUGUGCGGCGAGUGGAUUGAGACCAUGUGGGACUGCAUGGAGGUCGCGGGCCCACCGCUCUGCAUCCUUGUCUUCAUGCUGGUCAUGGUGAUUGGGAACCUGGUGGUCCUGAACCUCUUCCUGGCUCUCCUCCUCAGCAGUUUCAGUUCUGACAACCUCUCGGCUCCCGACGACGAUGGGGAGAUGAACAAUUUGCAGAUUGCCAUCCACAGGAUCACUAAAGGCCUGGCCUGGUGCCGCAGACAGGUGGUGGAUUUCUUCAAUGGGAACGUGAAACGUCGUCGUCAGAAGAGAAAGGAAGCCAAAGCCAUGAUGAAGCUCAAACGCCUCAGCUCAAUCCACGCCGAAGCUAACGGGGCAGUCAUAGGUCGUCAUGUAGAGAAGUAUGUGGCACCGGAUGAUGACAGCUACAUGACAAACCCAAAUUUGACAAUCAGUGUCCCUAUUGCUCCUGGAGAGUCUGAUGUUGAGUUUCCAGAGGAGGAGGAAGAGGACGAUGAAGAGGAGGGGAAACGAAAGGGACGCAGGCAAAGUGACGGCUCAGAGCAAGAUGAAGACAAAGAGGAGGAUGAUAUCAGCCUGUCGGAGGGCAGCACAGUGGACCUGAGAAAGCCGGGCGAGGAAGAAGAUGUGUACUCUGAGAUGGCUGAAGAAGCCAUGGACCCUGAGAACUGUUUCCCAGAUCUGUGCGUCACGCGGUGUGGGUACUGCGACAUAGACACCACAGCAGGACUUGGUCAGAUCUGGUGGAGGUUGAGGAAGACUUGUUACCAGAUCGUGGAACACAGCUGGUUCGAAACCUUCAUCAUCUUCAUGAUCCUUCUGAGCUCUGGAGCGCUGGCCUUUGAAGACAUUUACAUCGAUCAGAAGAGGGUGGUCAAGGUGGUGCUGGAGUUUGCGGAUAAGAUCUUCACCUAUGUCUUCAUUCUGGAGAUGAUUCUCAAGUGGCUCGCUUAUGGCUUCAAGAAGUAUUUUACCAACUACUGGUGCUGGUUGGACUUCCUCAUCGUUGAUGUGUCACUGGUGAGUCUGGCAGCCAACACGUUGGGUUAUUCAGAUUUGGCAGCCAUCAAAUCUCUGCGAACACUGCGGGCGCUGCGGCCCCUCAGGGCUCUGUCCAGAUUUGAAGGCAUGAGGGUGGUGGUAAACGCGCUGAUCGGAGCCAUCCCUUCCAUCAUGAAUGUGCUGCUGGUCUGUCUCAUAUUCUGGCUCAUCUUCAGCAUCAUGGGCGUCAACCUGUUUGCUGGAAAGUUUGGGCGCUGCAUCAAUCACAUGGGCUACGUCUACAACGCCUCCUUCAUCAACAACAAGUCCGAGUGCAAGGCGCAGAACGACUCCUCCAUGUUCUACUGGAGCAAAGUCAAGGUCAACUUUGACAACGUUGGGGCAGGAUACCUGGCACUGCUUCAAGUGGCCACGUUUAAAGGCUGGAUGGAGAUCAUGUACGCAGCAGUGGAUUCACGCGGGGUUGAGGAGCAGCCAAUCCAGGAGAUCAAUCUCUACAUGUAUCUCUACUUCGUCAUCUUCAUCAUCUUCGGCUCCUUCUUCACCCUCAACCUCUUCAUCGGCGUCAUCAUCGACAACUUCAACCAGCAGAAACGAAAGUUUGGAGGACAGGACAUCUUCAUGACGGAGGAGCAGAAGAAGUACUACAACGCCAUGAAGAAACUCGGCUCCAAGAAACCUCAGAAGCCCAUCCCAAGACCUCUGAAUGAGCUACAGGGGUUCUUCUUCGACCUGGUGGCCAAGCAGGCAUUUGAUAUCAUCAUCAUGGUGCUGAUCCUUCUCAACAUGAUUACCAUGAUGGUGGAGACGGACGAACAAUCUGCUCAGAUUGAAUACAUCCUGUACAACAUCAACGUGGGCUUCAUCGUCAUCUUCACCACUGAAUGCCUCAUUAAGAUCGUGGGGCUGCGCUGCUACUUCUUCACCAUUGGCUGGAACAUCUUUGACUUUGUGGUCGUCAUACUCUCCAUCGUUGGCAUUGUGCUCGCUGACAUCAUCGAGAAGUACUUUGUGUCACCAACACUGUUCCGAGUGAUCCGACUGGCUCGUAUUGGACGAAUCCUGCGUCUCAUCAGGGGUGCCAAGGGCAUCCGGACGUUGUUGUUUGCCCUCAUGAUGUCCCUUCCAGCACUCUUCAACAUUGGACUCCUCCUCUUCCUGGUCAUGUUCAUCUACGCCAUCUUUGGCAUGGCCAACUUUGCCUACGUGAAAAGGCAGGCAGGGAUCGAUGACAUGUUCAAUUUUGAGACAUUUGGAAACAGCAUGCUUUGCUUGUUCCAGAUCACCACUUCUGCAGGCUGGGAUGGCCUGCUCAGCCCCAUCCUCAAUAACUCCCCAGAAGAGUGCGACCCCAACAUGCCCCACGCGGGCACCACCAUCCGAGGAAACUGUGGGAACCCAUCAGUGGGUAUCACCUUCUUUGUCACUUACAUUAUAAUCUCAUUCCUCAUCGUGGUCAACAUGUACAUUGCCAUCAUCUUGGAGAAUUUCAGCGUUGCUACAGAGGAGAGCACUGAGCCGCUAAGCGAGGACGACUUUGAGAUGUUCUAUGAGGUUUGGGAGAAGUUUGACCCGGAGGCCACACAGUUUAUUGAGUACGCCAAAUUGUCGGACUUUGCAGACUCUCUGUCAGAACCGCUGCGCAUCGCCAAGCCAAACAAGAUCAAGUUGAUCUCCAUGGACCUGCCAAUGGUCAGUGGUGACAAGAUCCACUGCCUGGAUAUCCUUUUCGCCUUCACCAAGCGUGUCCUUGGGGAGUCCGGUGAAAUGGAUGCUCUCAAGCAGCAGAUGGAGGAAAAGUUCAUGAAGGCCAAUCCAUCCAAGAUCUCCUACGAGCCAAUCACAACGACCCUGAGAAGAAAGCAAGAAGAUGUGUCGGCCACAGUCAUCCAGAGGUGCUACCGGAGACACCUGGUGAGGCGGCAGAUGAAGGCGGCCUCUUACUUGUAUCGCCAGAUCAGCACACCACGGCACACAAGUGUUGAUGGGCAGGAAGGAAAGCUAAUAUUUGGAGAUGACGCACCGGAGAAAGAAGGCCUGAUUGCCAUGUUGAUGAUUGAAAACUAUGGCUUGAGUCUGAAGGGGAUAGAGCGGGCUAAAGCUAAUUCCUCCACCUCAUUUCCGCCAUCAUAUAGCAGCGUGACACAAGCCCCAUCUGAGAUCAAAUCGGAAUCAGCUGCCGUCGACACGGCGGGCAGUGAACCAAGUGAACAAAUGCCACCUGUGGCCGACCACGACACAAAGCAGGAAACUUAACCAUAACAGGAACCAAAAAGCAAAAAAAGUGACAACUGAAGCGUUCCUCAUCUUCGGGUUAAACCCAAAUGUUCUUUUGUUUACCAAAUGUAAAAUGGCCAAGGAAUGUUGCCGUGGUGAUGUCAAGAAGCGGCGAGCAACUAAAUACAGGACGAGCUGAGCAAAAGAGCAAUGAGGAGUAUUUACUACCUUUACUGCUUAUUCCUGUUCCCAGUGAAGAUUCCUGAACUCAACAAAGAAAACGGGAUGAAAUUUUUGGGUUUCCUAACGGGAAGCAGGUAAACUAAAGAGGCAGGAAAAAGAAUGCCGGUUGUCCGAGUUCAGUCAGGUCCGCCUCCGCUUGAUGCAAGGAGAUCAAACUCUGGAUUGCUGAGGCAUCAGAACACUGACAAACCUUUGACCUUUUCAGCAGUCAGAGACAUCAGAACAAGUGUAUCAAAGAUGUUCCUAUCAUUUAUUGGCCUGCAGGGGGCGCUGUCCCUCACCACAGUUGAUUAGUAUUUACGCCUGGCUGUAAGCGUGAUGGGUGUUGACUUCCUUUUGGCGUUGUUGACGGUCGACAGCUUUGUGGCUGACUUGAGACUCGAGAGAGAAGGCAAAAUAAUGAAAAACAAAUUUAAAAAAUGUUUUUCGUAGUAAAAGUAUAACUUUGUUGAUGUUACCAGUCUUUUAAUAGCGGUACAAUUAUUACUAUUUUUAUAUUUUUUAGAGUAAGUUGAAUAAAAAUGUACAAAAUCUCCCUCUUUCAACUUUGGAGCGAUGCUCGCUAUGUAAAAGUGGCUGAACAACGGCGGCAAAAUUAACGAGGAGACAGCGAAUUCAGGAAAAACGACAACAAAACAAAAAUCUGUUUCAUCGCGUUUUCUUGCCAGUUUGGCAUCUCUGAGGUUACGCGUGGUGUCCUUUUAGCGCACCGGGGCAAAAACUGCUUUCAAAGAGUCAAGUCUUUAUUUUUCUCCUGACAAGCUUUUGGAAAACACCAAAAAUCAGUUCAGUGCACAAUGAAAUUGAUUCUUUCCAACAUGUUUUUGGCCCCUGGUGGUGAAACAUUGUCACAACGGUUAGUUCUUUGCUCAGCAGGUGAUUUGUCUGAAAGUUUAGAUUUAAAUAUUUUUAUGUUAUUGUGUUAUUGUUACUAUUCUCAAUGUUUUAUUAUACAAAAUAAAAAUAAUCUCUUUAAUCUCAAAGUGAUAAGAAUUUUUUAAAGCAUCACCUGAACUAACUGCAUAGAUAUUCACCCCUUUAAUAGAACAAUUAAUCCAUAGUAAGUCUGGUCACUUUAGAGUGCAUAAUUAGCAUACUAAGUCGUGGGGUGGGGAGUUUGUUUUGUUUAGUUUGUUUUGGUAGUUUGGGAGACCCUGCAACUUAUAUACUGAAAAAUCACAAGUUUAUUACUAUUAUCAAGAGUAAGUAUAAUGACUAGUUAUAUCAGACUUUACCAGGAAUCAAAGCAUUAAACAAAAUAAACUGAAAUAAUAAAAAAGUAGACAGUAAUAAAAAAAAAUACACUGCAACAGGCCACAAAAAUCUCAAAUUAAAGAGCUGAUAAAACAAAAAAAGGUGUGACUUAUACUCUGGAAAUAUUGUAGUUAAAAGGAGAUUGGUUGGGUUGAGUUAAAAGGUUUUAGUUGACUGAUGUAUGAAAUCACUAGUGAUCCAUGUUGUGAGGAGUCAGUGAGGGUAAACAACACUCCAGGCAACGCACUGAAA